AUGACACAAAUAGUUGACGAUUCAUCAAAAAAUCUUCAAUCAAAAGGCAAAGGCAGACAAAUUGAUGAAGAUGAAACAAUUAAUGCAAAGAAAGAAAUUAUAAAUGCCAAAAAGGUUGAUGAUGAGUAUCAACUUAAAGCUAUUGAAUGGCUAGAUCCAAAUGUUGGUAAACUACGAAAAUUAAAAGUUAUCACUCAGAACGAAAAUGGCCCAUGUCCACUAUUAGCACUAUGCAAUGUUUUAUUAUUACGUGGUGAUAUUGAAAUCAAACCGUAUGAUCGACCAACUGUAACUUAUGAUUUUUUGGUAGAGUUAUUGGGUGAUUAUUUAUUAAAAUCGGUUCCUGAUGGUGAAGCACAAAUUCAAAAAAUAUUACAAAUAAAAAGCGAAAAACAUCAAAAAGAUGAAAUAAAGAAUCAAUUAAAAAACCAAAAGGAUUCGAAAUAUGACAUGAAAGAUGAAUCAAAAGACCAAGCAAAAAAUCAAGAGGACGUGAAAGAUAAGCUAAGAUAUCAAGCAAAAGAUCAAAAUGACAUGAAAGAUGAAUUAAAAGACCAGGCAAAAGAUCAAAAUGAUUUAAAAGAUGAAAUUAAAGAGGAAGAAAAUCUAGAUAAAAAAUUAGAAUCCUCAACAAUAACAACAACAAAUUAUAUUAAUAAAGAAAGUUCAAAUAAUGUAGAUUCUGAGCAACUUGAAGACAAUAAUCACGACCAAUCAUCUAAAGAAGAUAUAAUAAUAGGGAAAACCCCCGAAAUAACUCGACCAUCACUACAAGAUUAUCAUCACACUCUUAACACCGCAUUAUCUAUUAUUCCAUCUUUACAAACAGGACUAGAUGUUAAUGUUAGGUUCAAUACGAUUCACGGAUUUGAACCUACAGCCGAAUUGUCAGUGUUUGAUGUGUUUGAUGUGGAUUUGGUUCAUGGAUGGGUAAUUGACCCACAAGAAAUUGAUUUUUGGGAUGUUGUGGUGGUGAAAUGUGGUAGUUAUAAUAAAGCAGUUGAGUGUGUUGUACGUGGUGAUUCUGUUAGUAAAGGUGUCGUGGUGGAAAGUUCUGGUGUUAGUGGUAGCGACAGAGUCAAUAAUGAUUAUUCAGGAUAUUUUGAUGACAACAAUGAUAAAAACUUGGAUACUGAUGAUAAAAAUAAGAUAAGAGAUGCCUUGAUUACAUCUCAAUUUUUGGAAUCUACUGCGACCCAAUUAACAUACCAUGGAUUAUUAUCAUUAUCAGAAACUUUACCACCAGGCCAUAUAUGUGUAUUAUUCAGGAACAAUCAUUUUUCAACGCUUUAUAAACAUCCAAAAACUUUGACAUUAUAUGUGUUGGUAACUGAUGCGGGAUUUGUUAAUGAGAGAACAGUUGUUUGGGAAUCAUUAAUCGAUGUUGACCAAUCAUCAUCUGAAUUUGUCAAUGCACAUUUUGAAAAGUGCGAAGCUGUCGGUGGUGAUUAUGUGGAUGUUGAUGACAAUAACCAUAAUGAUUCUGAUGUAUUUGCUUUUUCAACUACUGAUGAUGAUGAAAUGAAAUUUGAUUAA